CGACAUAGUCUAAAUUGAAAUAAAAACGAUCCUCGUCCAAAAAAUAAAAAUAAUUGAAAGAGAAAGAGAACGAGUUGACUCGGUGAAAAAGAAGAAUGGGUGAGUCGGUGACUCGGAUAAUGGUUGGAGUGAACGAGUCAAGCAUGAAGGGUUACCCACACCCUUCGAUCAGUAGCAAAGGUGCUUUCGAAUGGACGAUUAACAAGAUCGUUCGUAACAACGUUUCUUCUUUCAUUCUUCUCUUUCUUCAUGUUCAAGUUCCCGAUGAAGAUGGUUAUGAAGACGUGGAUAGUGUUUAUGCAUCAAAUGAAGACUUUAAGAACAUGAAAGAGAAAGAAAGGGUUAGAGGGACUCAUCUACUGGAAUACUUUGUCACUAGGUGUAAUGAAAUUGGGGUGGCUUGUCAAGCAUGGAUAAAGGAGGGUGAUCCCAAAGAAGUGAUACUGAAUGAGGUUAAACGGCUACGUCCAGAUUUACUAGUUGUCGGAAGCAGAGGUCUUGGACCUUUCCAAAAGGUUUUUGUUGGGACUGUUAGUGAAUUUUGUUGGAAGCAUGCUGAAUGCCCUGUCAUGACUAUCAAACGCAAGCCAGAUGAAACUCCUAGGGACCCUGUUGAUGACUAGUAUUUUGACAUUGGAGAUUGAUUAUAUGUGUUGGUGUUGAACAUAAUGAAGAUUAGUCUAUGGAGUUGUUCAGUGUAGGAACACGUGCAUGAUCUCGAACUUUUUGAGCUUUCUUGCCCUUGUUCCUUCUGUCUUUUAUCUGUGUAUCUUUCUGCUGUUGUUGAUUACUUUGAAUGUACAAAGCUAUACGUUUGUGUGGUUUGUACUCUCCAUUGCUUAGAAUGCAAUGGUGUAAUAGUAUUCAAUAAUAUACAUGUCAUGCAUGAAUUGAAAAUUUGCCAUUCAGGCAAAGAUUGCACAUGGGUGAUUGUUCUUUCUUUUUC